GAUAAAAAUAAUGAAAUUGAUAAAAAAAAUGAUAUGCCAAAAAAAUAGGUAAGGGAAACUUAAAAAUGACAAAAUAUAAAGAACCAAAAUAAGAGUAGAUAUUUGUGUAAAAAAACAAAAAAAACCUAAAACUCUGUGCAGUGAAAAUUUGGGGUGUAGCGCUCCAUCCCAUGGCUCGGCACGUGCGGUCGGGUGUGACACGUGCCUAAAUGAGAUGCAUGGUUAGCUGCUGACGAGAGGCUUUGUCUCCACUUUUCCAACUGCUUUUAAAGCCUUCCUCUCUUCAAACCCCAACCCUUUAACUACCUCUCGGCUCCGCGCCGAUUGAAGAAUAUCAACAUACUCCCAUGCUGCUGCCCGAGAUCGAGGCCGCCGUGGCCCUCGCGGCUCUGGCUCGCUCCUCCUCCUCCUCCGCCGCCACUUGUUCUCGACAACCGACGCGCCUAUCUUCCGAGGUUAUCCUGCAUUCGUUCUGGGGCUUGAAAAUGUAUUUAUGUGUAUCAGGAUCAAGCAGUGGCUGCCUCUCAUGAAAAUAACUAUGCAAUGUCUACAAUCUCGCAUAGAGAUGCAACCACAAAACUAGGCAGUAAUCGGUUGAAUUCUGCUACCAAGUUAAGGCGAAAUUUGACAGAGGCUGAAAAGGAAGCACAAAGGCUUCGUCGAAUAUUAGCUAAUAGAGAAUCUGCCCGGCAGACACUUCGUCGCAGACAGGCUAUGCACACGGAGUUGACAAGGCAAGCAGUUGAUCUGUCAGUGGAAAAUGAGAAUUUGAAGAAGGAAAAGGAGUUGGCUGUUGAGGCGUAUAAUUCUUUGAAAAAUAGAAACAAAUUUCUCAAACUGCAGGCGGAUAAUUCGAAGAAGGCUGAAUCACAAGAGCCAAAGGUAUCCCAGGCUGAGAAACCUUUUACGACCUCACCACUUCCUUUGUAUAACCAUCCUUCUUUAUUUCCUUUCUCGUGGCCUACAGUUCUAUCUUCGAACUUUGUCCACUAUCAAUAUCCAUCUCAUUCUGAUCCCAUUAGUCUAUCAGAACAUAGGGAUAUAUCCUCUACACAUCUGGGGCCAGAAACUUCCUCCGUGAGAACUGGACCAGGAAAUUUGAUAUUCGCAAUUCCUCUACCCUGGGUACUUCCGCUCCCUAGUUACGGUCCAGUGCUGUGUUCAUGUUCCGAUACAGAGAAGAGGACGAAUGAAACUCAUUCAGCUCAUCAGUGCAGUAAAUCUUCGUCUUCAGACAAUCUGUUUGUGGUUGAAAACAAUGAGUUGUCAUCCAAGUUGGAUAUGCUGAUAAAAGACAGUACAUGUGUUAGAAGUGGAAUUGGAGAUUAUCCUGUGAACAGUGGCGACCAUUGCACAGAACUUCACCCCGGAGCUACUCUCUUUACUCGUGAGAUGCUGAGCUGCAUCAGGCCAACAAGAAAUUCAUUGGAAGAUGAAACUGGCGAUCCCUGUGCAAUGGAAACUGUGUUGGAAACUUUACCAAACACGAAUGCAGAGCUAGCUAUCCGUCACCAAAAAAAAUCGGAGAAUUUGUUUUCAGCAGUUAUUGCCCGGAGGAGAAGGAAGGAAUUGAUGAUGCUAAGGAGUGUCAAGUUCCAUCAGGCUCGUAUUCACAGUGCCAACUCUUGAGUCUUUGCAAUGUAGGGAAGUGGUACUUGGUAAUUUGUUGAAGCUAGUUGUGGACUCUGGUAGCAUCUGUAACAUAAUGUGUUGUAUAUAUGUUGAGCAGUCUCUUGUUCUUGCUGGAGUUGUGUGAUUGUAUGACACUUUGAUGUAGUGUAUGUUAUUUUGAAGUCCAGUGGAGAAACUGUCUGUAAUGUUACAGUAUAUUUUCCGAAUACUACCGGAAAGCCUACAAAAUAUAAUGUGCUGAUUUAUGUUA